CUCCUCGUGCCGUCAGUGCAGGGAGGAGGGCAGGCUGAGCAGCACAGAUUAGUCACUUCAGUCCUGGAGAAUACACUAACACACCUCCUCCGGACUCAGUUACAGUUUGUGUGCGGCUCACAGAGGUUUUUCUAAUCCUUAACGCUCUAAGAAAAAAAAAAAAAAAAACUGCUGACACCAGGAAACAUGGAGGACUUCUACACCAAUGACGAUACGGAUAUCAGUUUCAACGAUACUUAUGAAUACGACUAUGAACACAGCGUCUGCGAGAAAGAAUCAGUGCGUUCUUUCGGUAGCGUCUUCCUCCCAAUCAUCUAUGCCCUGGCUCUGGUGGUGGGCCUGGCUGGGAACGCCUUGGUGGUGGUGGUCUACACAUCAAAGUUGAGACUCCGGACCCUGACUGACAUGUGCAUCCUCAACUUGGCCAUCUCAGACCUGUUGCUGCUCUUCACCCUGCCGUUCUGGGCCGCUGACGCCGUCCACGGCUGGCAGCUGGGCGUGGCCGGCUGCAAACUCAACUCCUUCCUCUACAGCACCAACUUCAGCUGUGGCAUGCUACUGCUGGCGUGCAUCAGCGUGGAUCGCUAUCGGGCGGUGGCCCAAAACUCAGUGGGCAGAACUGGGACGGGUACCCGAGUCAGGAGGCAGUGGAUCCUGGUGUGUGCGGCACUGUGGGCUUUAGCCAGCUUUUUUGGCCUUCCUGAACUCAUCUUCUCCACGGUGAAGACGUCCCAUCACAGGACCAGCUGCACGGCCAUCUACCCAACCAGCAUGGCCCGACCUGCGAAAGCUGCCUUGGAGCUGCUGGAGGUCAUCCUCCGCUUCGUCAUCCCCUUCCUGGUCAUGGUGGUCUGCUACUCAUGCAUAGGCCGGGCGCUAACCAAGGCAGCCGGGGUGCGUAGGGAACGGAAAUGGCGCGCGCUUCGGGUCCUCCUCGUCGUCGUGGCCGUGUUCCUGCUCACCCAGCUGCCCUACAACGUGGUCAAGCUAUGUCGAGCGAUGGACAUCAUCUACCACCUCGUCACAGACUGCGAAAUGAGCAAGCGCUUGGACCGCGCUCGGCAGGUGACGGAGAGCCUGGCGCUCACCCACGCCUGCAUCAACCCCGUCCUAUACGCCUUCAUCGGGUCUUCCUUCAGAGGACACGUCCUGAAGGCUGCCAAGCACCUUGGACAGAGACUUGGAAGACACUCGAGGCAAGUCAACAAGGAGCCGGCGGUGGAGAUCGCACUCCACUCAGCGAGCCAGAACCAGUCUCAGUCUGUUUCGGAGGACCAGGACACCAGCACAUUCACUAUCUGAGACUUUAGCACGUACAGCGUUAGCCAUCUUUACUGGCACUCUUGGUAAAUAUGCGUCAAAAGCCUCAAUUUAAAUUCAUUUUUAUUGUAGUAACAUAUUCUCAAACUAAAAGAAAUUGAGUAAAAAAAUCUAUUGCUAAGAAAUAUUUAUGGCACAAUAAUUGAUACAUCCCGUGAAUCCUUUGCACAAACUAUCAUUGCCCAUAAGACAGGACUCAUACUGUGGCAUUUUCACAGAGGGUAGCACACAAUUCAAAUUAAAGCAAUGUUUACCAAACUCUGCACAUUUACCAUUUCGAUGGUAAGUAAUUGAGACUUAAUGGAUGAAUGUAACUGAACUAAUAGGUCAAUUUUUCUUAUUGUGUUUAAGAUCAUUAUGAUUUAAUUUUUGUUAAUUUAUUUUUAUUUUUUGGCAUGCAACAUGUCCUCUCACACCUAAUGUGAGGGCAUAAAAUACUUUAUUUUCAUAAAUUAACUGGUUUUACAGUUUCAAAACAAUAAUUUUUCAUCCAAAUCUAUUUAAAUGUAAAAUGUUAAAACAGCCUGAAAUCAUUUAUUUUUUAUUUUUUAUUCAAAACCACCCCUCAAUCACAAACACCCACAUAUUGAUAUACAGAUAAGCAAAUUGAUGGGGAAACUUAGAACGAUGUGUUGUCGCCCUGGGGCACGUCAACACGAGGAAACUGGAAUCUAACCCACAAUUUUCUGAUUGUAAAACACACAUUACCUGCUGAAUCACUAUCAAGACUUUGCUAAAGACUUCUUGAAGCCUAAUAUUAUCAUAUUAAUGUGUUUUAAGAGCCUUGCUGAAACCCUAUUCUUAAUUUUACAGCAUGUGAUUUUACAGCAUGUGAACAGGAAUUUGUUGAAGGCUUUUUACAGAUAUUUACCACAGGCACACCUAAAACUCUCUGAUACUAUAUGCCUAUUUACUUGAUAUAUAUAUAUAUAUAUAUAUAUUUACAUGCAUUAGCCGUCAUACAAGCUAGACAGGAGUAGCCGCACAUAACUUAACAGCUAAAAAAAUGAUGUAACAUAGCGUUAUACGCACUAAGCUAUAUAUGUGUUUUGUAUAAAUUAUGUAUUUUCUUAAAUAAAAGAACAAAGUCUCCAGCGAUGUGCAUCUGUUACAAUUAAAUGCAGCUGAAUCACAAGUUGCUCAGGGGAACCGUUCAGAACAACUCCAAUCCGACUUUACAAUCAGCCCCGUCUUCCAACAUCUCAUCUGCGUCGCAUUUCAUCACAUCCUGCGGCUUUGGGUUGGGAUGACGGAUGGCUCGGUUGCACAGUGGGUGACCCAUUGAGUCGAAAAACAUUUGGCAAGCAAAGACAGGAGAGCUCGCAGCAGGAAGGACCAUUCCAUGCUAUUAGAGCAGUAAACAGCAAAGUCGCAUGUUCCUUAGAGGAGCUUAAAGCCUAACCGCUGUUUUUCAUCCACUUAUAUUUGUUUAUUUCAAUAAAGUAAAGUUUAAAGAGCAAA